CAAGACCAGAACUUUUCUGUCCGAAAAUAAUUUGACGCGCAAUUCGUGAUUUUGAUGUAACUUUUUCGCAUCAGCCCGAUAAUGAGAUCGCUGCUUAUAAUUUGGACUCUUGUCUCGCUGCCGGCUAUCGACAGCUCAAGCGUCAUUCGGGCCAAUGUGACCAGGUUCUGCUCUGGGGAAGUCAAGGUUUAUCGUGACGGCCAGUUGGGGGCGUUGUGCGGUGAUGGCUGGACCAUGAGCGGUGCCCAGUUUGUGUGCAGAGAGCUGGGCUGUGGUAAAGCUGAAUCUGCUCCAGUACUAGCAAAGAGUGGAGAAGGGGAUUUUCCUGUCUGGGUGUACAAUACAACAUGCACAGGCUCCGAGUCCUUUCUCGAUCAAUGCCUGACUCUUCCUCUCGAAGGAGAUAGCUGCCGCCCCGAGGAUCAUGCUGGAGUUGUUUGUUCAGAUUCCUCAAAGAAACCUCACCUCGCAGUGAGUCUUGUGAAAUCAGGUGAACUGUCUCUCCAGUGUGUGUGGCCGGGUGAAGGGCACAACAAAAACACAUUUAUCCUGCUUAAAAAUAAAGAGAGAGUGGAUAAGGGUAACAACGACACAUUUUACAUCAAAAGCGAGAGAAACGGUAGCGGGAACUACCAGUGCAAGGUCCGCAAAAAAGGACAAUCCUCAGAUUCCAGCGUCAUCCAGCAAGUCACAAUAAUAGCUGCUCCCGUGCUGUCUGUGAGAGGAGGGGACGCGACGCUGCAUUGCGGCCUCAGCAGCGCGCAUCAGAGCCCUGGCUCGUUUGUUCUUUACCGGGACCGGGAGGUUGUGCUGGAGCAGCGCGUACCCAGAGGAGACCAGACCUGCGCCUUCAGCUUCACCCUCAGUACAACACACGGACAGCAGGGGGAGUACUCAUGCAGCUAUUACACACAGUCACCGAGCGCAUGGGUGUUUACAGAACAGUCUGAACCUGUCAGUAUACCUGUACACGAUCUCUCCAGUUACAUAUUCUCCUGGAUUUACACUGGAUUUCGUGUCUGUGGUCUGAUUGCAAUGAUCACUGCCGUGCUGCUGACAGAAAUUAAGACAAGGCGUAGAGAACCUGGCGGGGUGGACAGCGGCAGGGUUGCCUGGGAGCCUCGGAUAAGCGCCGUGUUUAUCGGCGACGCCCGGCUAAUGCAGGAUGUGUUGGGACGCACCCAGAUCAUCUAUUCUGUGCAGACUUUCUCUAUAGAGUUUGGGUGA